AUGGCUUAUGACUCCAUUGAAUGGUCCUUCCUUAAAGAUGUAAUGGUAGAGCUUGGGUUUCCUGACUGUUUUGUGAAAUGGGUGUUUACUUGCAUCACCACAGUGUCUUAUAGUAUUUUGAUCAAUAGGAAACCCACUAAACCAUUCAGUGCUAAAAAGGGGUUGAGGCAGGGUGAUCCAAUGUCUCCAUUCUGGUUAGGAAUUGGCAUGGAGUCUCACCCAAGGCAUUUACAACAGCUUCAGACUCAACCUAAUUUUAAUUUCCACCCCAAAUGUGAAAAGGUAGCUAUUACUCACUUAAUGUUUGCUGAUGAUUUGCUCAUGUUUUCAAGGGCUGAUAUUCAGUCAGUUCAGAUGUUUUUUGCUGCUUUCAAUCAGUUUUCUGAAGCUUCACGGUUGGAAGCAAACAUAGAUAAAAGCAAGAUCUAUAUUGGUGGGGUUUCUAAUGUUGAAAGGGAAGCAAUGGUGGCUGAUGUGCAUAUUUCAGAAGGGCAAUUCCUUUUCAGGUACCUUGAGGUGCCUCUUUCUACAAAGAAGUUAGCCUAUAAUCAAUGCCAUACUGAUUCCUCAAAAAGAUCUCUGGUUGCCUGGCACAGUCUUUGUCUCCCAAGGACUGCCGGUGGGUGGAAUCUGAAAGAGAUGAGCUUGUGGAAUAAAGUUGCACUGGCUAAACUUUUUUGGGCUUUAACUCCUAAGAAAGACAAGUUGUGUUGUAGGGUACACACCUAUUAUAUUAAAGGUAGAUCUUUAUCUUCUUAUUGGCCUGCUUUAAUGUCUUGGCCAUUGAGGAAGAUCUUGGCCUCUUAUCAUCAGCUGAUUGGUGAUGUUGGAGGAUGGGACACUGUUAGUCAUAAAGGAAAGUUCUCUAUCAAACUGAUGUAUCAGAGUCUCCUUGGUGAUCAUGUGAAAGUUCCCUGGAGAAGAAUUAUGUGUAAUAACAGAGCCACUCCCGAGAGCUUGUUUAUCACUUGGCUUGCUAUGUGGAAUAAGCUACCUACUAGAGACAGAUUAUUGGCUUGGAAGGUUAUCACUACUGACAAUUGCCCCAUGUGUACCACCAAGACUAAAUCAACUGCACAUUUAUUCUUUGAGUGUGGAUACUCUUCAGUUGUUUGGAAUAAAAUCCUACACAGCUUGCAGUUGUGCAGGAGACCUGCUACUUUUGAUCAGGAGCUAACCUGGAUUUUGAAAGCUACUAAGAGAACGGGUGACAAACACAAAUUAUUGUUGAUGAAUUUUGCUGAAUGCAUUUACAACAUUUAG